AUGGCAUCAAAAACCUCGUUCAGAUCAGGGUUCUUUGACACCGUGACCGUGACAUCUGGCAAUACUGCAGCUACUGUGGCUGACGCAGGAGAUAGCAAUGGUACUGAGCAGGAGGAAGAGACCGAGCAGGAGGAAGAGACCGAGCAGGACGAGAAGGAGCAAACGGAAGGGGCGCAAGAGGAGGGGGCAGUGGUGACGGCAACCUGGACAGAGAACCCAUUGUUGGAAGUGCUAAGUUCGAUGGAGAAUGGAUGGAUGGCUGCUGGUGCAAAUCUGGCGGGACCUGGUAAUAGCAGAAUGAUGCGCUAUCCGAUGCAGCCCAGGCGGCCAUCGUGUAACUCUGCCUCGCAACCCUCGGCUCGAGCCUCGAACAGCAGAAAUGACCGUACAGGGCUAGCAGACCUUAUAAUCCUAGGACAUGCACUCAGGCUAGGACAUCACGGUGGAUGGUGUAGUGCACGUUUCUUCGGAUAA